AUGCCGGCCGCGACCAUGUUUUCCAAGUUCAAAAGCAGCAGCACAAGCGCCCCGCCACCCAACCCGUACGAAAACAAUCCGAUUACGCAGUACUUUGAUAUUGGAAAACAGGUUGCUUGCGCCGGGCCGGAGCUGGUGUGGAAAAUUCAUGAAGGCUACCGGAAGACGGACGGAAAGGAAUGUUCAAUAUUUGUGUUUGAGAAACGUACCGCAGAGAAAUUACACAAACCCAAGCGGAAAGACAUGGUUACGGAGAUCCUGCGGGCUUCCGUUAAGCAGCUGGAACGUUUUCGACAUCCGAAGAUCCUGCAAAUAAUGCAUACCGUCGAGGAGAGCUCGGAAACCCUCUCGUUUGCCGCCGAACCAGUCAUCGCCAGCCUAGCGAAUGUGUUAGCAUACCAGGAAAGUGCCGGUACUGCUCCUGGACCCCCAAGCACUGGCGCCUCCCAACAGCUUCAGAGUAGUUCUCCCGCCAACCGACCAGCACACGCCAAGGAAUACACCUUUCUCGACAUGGAACUGAAGUAUGGAAUAUUACAGAUAACGGAGGCGCUCUCAUUCCUGCACUACUCCGGUCAGCUGAUACACCGAAACGUGUGCCCAUCGUCGAUCCUAAUCACAAAGAAGGGUACUUGGAAGUUAGCUGGUUUCGAAUUCACCGAAAGAGCACACGACCGCGAUCAAUCGGAUACGGUUCCGUGCCAGGCCUGGUCGACCAGAAUAUCCAAAAUGGUGCAACCCAAUCUGGAUUACACGGCGCCCGAGAAUCAAAUCAACUCCAACUGCAGCAUAUUGAGCGACAUGUUCUCGCUCGGCAUGGUGAUAUGUGCAAUUUUCAAUCACGGGAGACCGUUAAUACAGUCGGGGAAUUCGCCACCUGCGUAUCUGAAGCAAAUGGAAAUGCUAGACGAGGCCGUGCACAACAUCUUGCCCCGGAUACCGAUACCCCUGCAGGAAGCUACCACCCGAUUGCUGAAAAAGGCCCCUGGAGCCAGACCAACAGCUCAGCUGUUGACGCUCAUAAAGUACUUCAGCGACCCGGCGGUUCAGGCAUUGCAAUUUCUGGACGUCAUCAACAUGAAGGAUCCCACCCAGAAGGCUCAUUUCUAUCGCAGUACCCUGCGAGAAGUACUUCCAUUCAUCCCACGGAAAUUAUGGUGGCAGCACAUCUGGCCUAAUUUGCAGCAGGAAAUGCGUGCUGACGAGGUGCUGGCCGCGGUGCUGCAACCCGCACUAACAUUGGUCCAAGAAUCUUCAAACACCGAAUAUGAAGCAAUCAUUUUACCAACCUUUAAGACUGUUUUUGUAGCCCCUAAGUCUAUACAGGCAACCGUAGCGUUACUAGAGAACUUACACAUAAUCCUAGAGAAAACACCACGAGACGACAUCAGGACGGAGGUGCUACCGUUGCUGUUCAAUGCGCUCGAGAGUACAACGAUACAGGUGCAGAGCGCCGCACUGGUGGCGGUGACGAACGUGUACGACUAUCUGGACGACAUCACAAUCAAGAAACUGGUGCUACCGAAGCUGAAAUCGGUGUUCGAGAAGAACCAAAACGAUCUCAAGAUCAUGGGCAAUGUGCUGCAGUGUGUUGAACGGACGCUAGAUAAACUCGACAAGUCGCAGAUUAUAGACGAAGUGUUACCAUUGCUGCUCGAGGUUAGGCUGACAGAUCCGGACAUCAUAGUACGAGUCGCUAACAUCUACCGGAUCAUGCUUUGUGACAAAAAGUAUGGCCUCACGGUGAACAUUAUGGCCACUAAAGUGAUGCCCACCCUUCUACCGCAGACAGUCAAUCCAUCACUUAAUCUGGAGCAAUUUAUGAUACUUUUAGAGGUACUACAGGAAAUGCUCGAUCAAAUCGACAGGCAGCAGCGGAACAAGUUGAAAUUGGACAACCUGUCGCUUCCAUCGCCCGAUCGGCACCGACCGUUGCGCCAUCAGUUCUCCUCGGACAAUAUGAACGUGCAGCAGUUUAAUAUUCCUAACUUAAGAAUCGACCAGCGAAAGACUUCCAGUGCCGAGGACAUGGCCCGGAAGAACUCUACAGGUACCCGAAGAGGUUCGGGUGCUCUAGGUAGCUGGUGGUUCGGCGGAUCGCCUUCCUCCCCGGACAGCAACUUCCUGCGAGUGGUCAAUGCUUUUCCAAAUCGGCGCUUAUCGGAUAAUACACUCAUGACACCAAAGAUACGAAUUGCUCCGUCGUGCGCAUCGUCGCCGGGUGGUACUCCCGGUGGUGGUUUACCUAUUCGACGCCAUUCUAGUAUCGGACCACAAGAGAGGCGAAGUUCUAAUAUUAAUUUAUCACCACCAACCCUUUCACGGAGCAUGAUCGGCGGCUCGAUGCCAAAUACGUCUAGUAGCGUGCCGUUCCUGCUCUCAUCCAGCAUGCAAUCGAUCCGCAGCCGCCGUACCUCGACGGUACUCUCCUCUGGCCCGCUUGGGUCCGGAUCGGGGCUGCUGCAGCAGCUCGGUUCCGGCAUGGAAAAAGUAUGCGAAUCUCUGCAACAAUCCACGUCAUCAAAACCCACUAAAAAGAAGACAUCGAAGCUCGAGUCCAAGCUGGCCAACCUGAAACCGCUGGAACUGCUAUCGUAUUCCCCUACGUCGCGACGCAGCAGCACUACCGCUGCUUUCCAGCGCAGUUUCCAGAAGAGCCAGAAAAAGGCUCUGAAAAACUUGCGCAAAAGCUUUAAACUUUGA